GAGCAACAACAGACACACUUAUUGUCAUAAAUGAGGAGAAAUGACAGCUUUACGGUGAACUUUGUUUUGUGACAUCAGUGGUUUUCAGCCACCUUCACCCACUAUGAGUAGCACAUCUGGACAGGAGCCCACAGCCCAGUGGCUGCCUUCUGGCAGUAGGCAGACGUUACUCUCCAGAACUUUACAGCCCACCUCUGAAGCUUCAGCUUCUAAAAGAGUGUGCUUCUACAAAAGUGGUGACUCUAAGUUCCUUGGCCAUCGUAUGGUCAUCACUGCCCGCACCUUCAAGACAUUUGACUCCCUCCUGGAUGCUCUGUCCAAAAAAGUGCCGCUGCCGUUUGGCGUGAGAACCAUCACCACUCCGCGGGGGACUCACCUUGUUAAAGCUUUAGAGGACUUACAGGAUGGCGAAGCUUAUGUGUGUUCUGAUCAGAAACGUGUGAAGCCUCUAAACCUGGAUGAGGUUAACCAGCGCCAGGUACCUUGGAAUACAACCAGACCAGUAAGUGCAGGGAGACGGAGGCGUAAAGAGCCCAGAUUGGGUCCGUUUGGCAAAAGGAACGAUCUUGUCACCAGGCCAGCAAAGAUCACUGAGAGGGCGACGGUACGGACUCCCAAGAAGCUUGAAGUUCUCAAAAACAGAGAUCCCUCAGUUAGACGUACGAUUGUGCUGCAGAGAAGAACGGCGCCUACAUUUGAUGCUUUGCUGGAUCACCUGUCCCAGAUCCUGCAGUUUCCAGUGCUAAAACUCUUUUCUACAGACGGACGAAGAGUUGACAGUCUUGCUGCUCUCAUCCUGUGCUCUGGAGUUGUUGUGGCGGCAGGCAACGAGCCAUUCAGGUUAGGGAGCUACAACUUUCAGAGAACUACCCAGACAGCUCAGAUCCUGUUUGUGGAAGAUGUGGAACCACCAACACUGCAACGUGGAAUUCAGAAGAACACAUCUUUCUCAAGUGGAAGACGCUCAAGGAACUUCUCCCUCUCUUCAGAGCGAUUCAUUGUAAAUCAGAUAAACGAGUCCCAGAAUGGAAGCUUGAAUGGCCACCUGCACCAUCCCAGUGAGUCGAUGGAUACAGAAGUCCGUCAGCAUCGCUCACCCAUGGAAACGUGUGUAACUGGAAGGGAGGAUAAUGAGCACAGUGCUUGUAUUGCGCCUCAUGAUGAUGACAUUGAAAAGUCUUUCCGAGUGAAUCCAGAUGGAAGUAUGACCGUGGAGAUGAAAGUCCGUUUGACAAUUAAGGAGGAGGAGAUGCUUUACUGGUCGACCACCCUCAGCCGCUCCAGCCUUAGCAAGAGGACAAUUUGUGCCUCUAUUUCCGGGUCAGGAAACAACUCCCCUGACUCAAACAUCACUGUUGCCAAAGACUCCUCAAGCAUUCAGGAGGAUGAAACAAAGGAGGAGAAUUGCAAUGAUGGACUUGUCAGAUUCAAUGAAAGCUACACUUCGACAACUUUGGGGAAAUCAAAAACAAGAUUAAAACGUGCUCCUACGCCGGGUCCCCGACACGUUAACGAGAAGGCAUCUGUUGAGAAUGUAAAGGUGGUUACAGAAACAGAGGUUCAAGAGAGCACCAUGGGACAUUACUCCUACAGGGAGAGGACUGAAGAUGGUGAGACCACUGAGGAAUACUGCAUUGUCAAACACAGCAGCAGCAGCAGUAACGUGCCCAUUCCAAAACCUCGAAGAACAGCGUCAUCAGGUGUGAGCAACAAACGCUCCUCCAUUAGAACAUCUGAGGUAGCUGAGGCCCUUCAGAUACAGAAUGAUGGAAUGGAGGUUACAGAGACUGUGAUGCAUAUUUAUGAGAGUCAGGGCUGUUAUGACAACUAUGUUGCGAAUGAGGAGUACAGUGCAGAUGGAGCAGAAAGCAAACCAUCCACUGACUUGAGGCCUCGCUCCUCCAGCAAUGACUGUGAUAUAGAUUGUAACUGGCAGCCGCCCACUAAUGAGUCACUACAGAGGCAGAAAGAGGAGAUGCUUUCACUGUCAUCAGGGCCAGAAUCACUGGCAUAUCAGGUUACAAACAAUCCAUCUUCAUUGACUGAAAGCGAAGCUGUCAACACACAAAUUACAGAGAAAGUAAAAAGAGAUACUACUCCUAAAAGCAUUAAGAAGAAAAAGGUGAUGAGGCCAGCAGGGAAUCAGCGAAGUUCAGCUUCAACAAACAGCACGGAUAAAAAACGCAAAGAAAUCAGUGCCUCCAAACAUAGUAAAACUUCAUCUACUGAUAAGCUGAGCAGUGAUGCUAGUGCUGGCAAAAAGAGUCUGAAUUCAUCUGGGAAUUCGAAAAAUGGUCUACAAAACAAAGAAAUAGAAAAGAAAGUAGAAAAGUCUCAAUCAAAAAAAUCAAUGAAAGAUGAAAAGACGGCCAAGAAGGGCUCGGCCUUAUCCCUUCACUCAGGAAAUGGUAAAAUAACCUCACCUAAGAGAAAAAACACAAACAGAGCAGCAGCAAAAGACAAUGACCACAAUCUAAAUACCCCAACUGGAAGACCCCAAAUAAAAAAGAACAUGUCCGAUUUUUUACAAACAAAAAAAUCCCCUUUGUCAAGCACAAUGACAAUCAACAGACCAAAGUCUCUGACUGAAUGCCGACUAUCACCACCCAAAGUGAAUGUAGAACCCAGCGAGGGUGGUUCAAUACCUUCUCUCAAUCCCUCACCUGCAGAAAUCCAUCAAUACGUUGAGAACUGGUUAGAAAACGUCAGUCCAGACAUGGUGCCGUACACUGAGGAUGUAGUCACAGAAGAAGCAGAAUCAAAGGCAAGGGUUGUAUUUAAGAUAGGCGAUGACUCUGAAUCUGAUGAAAUAAAAGAACCUCAGACUAAUUUAGGGGAUGCAAUAAAGAAAUCCUCCUCUUGUCUGUCAGUUCCUCAUUUCCUAGACGAGCCACCAACAUCUCUGCUGCAUGGUGAGCAGAGGGUGCGAGGUUUAUGUGUUUCAAUGCCAAGUGUCAGAGUUGAUCCAGUACGCCCUGAAAACACACUCAGGUCACACAAAUCUGCAGAGGCAAUCGGCCCAGACGAUGGCGACAUGUCGUCAUCUAACUUUUUAAGUCCUAAAAACGCAAUAAGACCUGUUCUUCAGCAGCUUUGCUCAUCGAUUCAGAGCAUCAGAAAAGCAUCAACCAGUAACACAACAUCCAGUCUUCAGAAUUCCAGCAGCCUUCCCAAUUUCUCAACACAAGUUGUCUCAGUGUUUGGCUCAUCGUGUAAAGCAUUUCUGUCAUUCUUAUCGGUAGCGUCUCUGAGAGACAGCCUUACAGGCACCACAUCAGGGGAGGGUAACCAGUCAAGAACCACAUCAGAGGCCAUGUUAAUGAUGGAAUCCCUGAAAAAGAUCUCUGCCAUCGAGGACGAAGACGAGCAGAGGGCAAGCCUGACCGAUUUGCAAAGCCAAGCGUCUUCUCAGUUCAGGGAGCGCUGGAAGGAUUUCAUACUUCUCAGAGAAAGGCUCGAGAGUGAACCACUUUCCCCCAAAGUUUCAGAGACUGAGUUUGCGCUGGAUGUCACAUCUGAAGGCGGGGAUCUGUUUGAGGAUCAGCAGUUGGUCAUUGACGAGCUGAUGGAAGAGCUGAACAUGCCGCAAGACCUCAGAGAGGAAAUUGCUUCAACAAUCCAACACACAAAAAGCUUUUACCCUGCAGAGGACAGCACGUUUGUUGAGACAAUUAAAAGCCAGUCAGACUCGGAGGAAGACGUGGAGAAAUUUAUUAGUGAAUGCAAAGAUGAAACUAAAAUUUUAGCAGAGCCGGAAAGUACAGCUGACGGCAUAAAUGAGACAAAACAGGAAACUAAUGAACCAGAUGAAGCUCAGGAGUUCCACACUGAGACAGACGAGUCAUUGAAAAAUGAAGAUGUGGUAGAGGAGAUUGUAAAGACUGGGGAUUAUACCAAAGAGAGAUAUGCUGAUGAAAAGAAAGAUGAAGAAGAAUUACGAGGGGAUGAGGAUGAAAGUAGGGUGGACAUAGAGAAGCAAGGAAAGAAUGAGAAUCAGGAAGAUUCAGAGGAAGAGAAAUCCAGUGACCAGGAGUCCGUUGAGAAAGGAGAGGAAGGGACAGAGGAAGAAAUGACGGGGGAUGAAGGGGUCAUAAACAAUAACUUAGAGGAAGGAGGUAAAAUAGAAACUGGGGGAAAAGAUAUGGGAUCGGUGGAUGAGGAGACAGGAAAUGAUGAAGAUACAGAUGAGAGAGAGGGUGCUGAUGAGACGGUGGAAGAAAACAGUGAGGAAAGGGAUCAGGAUGAAGAAGAUGAAGCAAGAACUAUAAGUGAAGAGGGGCAAGAAAAAGGAGAAGACUCUUCUAGUGAAGAGGGAGCAGAAAACAGUGAGGAAUGGGAACAAAAUGAUCAAGAUGAGGCAGAGACUUUAAUCAAUGAGAAUGAGGAAAAUGAAGGAAACAACUCUUGUAGUGAGGAUAUAGAAGAGGACAAACACAGUGCCAAACAACCAAGUGAAACGCAACUGCAGGAUGAAAGUGAUAGUGCAGAAACUUUAAUUAAUGAGAGAGAGGCAGAGGACAAAGAAGAUUCUUAUGAGAAUGCAGAGGAUGUCGAGCACAGAGUAGAAGAACCUGAAGAAAAGCCAGUAAAUAAUAAAGAUGAUAAUGAGGGGGAAGAAGAGGAAGAAGACAAUUUGUGUUGUGAGGAUGUAGAGAAGGAAGAGGACAGUGUAGAAGAAGAAUAUGAAGAGAAGCAAGUAUGCAAUGAACAUGGUAUGGCUGAGGAUAUAACUAAUGAGAGGGAAGAGGAAGAGAAAAACUGUGUUACUGAGGAUGCAGAAGAGGAAGUGCAACAAGUCUCUGAGGGAAAGAAGAAAGUUGUUCAAGAAAAACAUGUAGUAGAAGACCUGGAGGAGCACAGAGAAACAGAUGAGGAGGCCGUAGAAGAAACAGUUGGGGAUGAAGUAGAGGCAAAAGAAAAAGGAGAAAGAAGGCAUGUAACAAAGGAGGCCAGCGAGGGAAACAGUAAUGAAGAUGAGGAAGAAGAGAGUGAUCAAGAAGAAAUAAAUGAUACUCAGAACAACACAGAUGAAGAACAUUGUAAUCAAGAUGAAGAUGACGAGAGCGUUUCUGAGAAAGGAUCAGCAGAAGAAGAGGAAUUAGAUAAGUUAGAGACUGCCGAAAACAUACCAACAGUGCAGCCUGAUGGAGAAGAAAACGUACUAAACGAGAGAUUAAAGCAGGUAGAGACGUUAGAUGAUGAGGUAGCAGAGGAGAACGUUUCUGAAAACAGUUUAGUUGAUAAUGAGAUUUGUAAAAACACGUUCGAAGAGGCUUCUUUUCAGCAGCAGCGUACACGCAGCUGUGAAGAAGCAAGCGUAGAACAUAACACUGAAUCUCCUUCAAAGGAUUCUUCUCAAGGCCAGUGUGUGGAUGACAAAGGUACAGAAACUGCUCAUGAAACAGAUGAGGGAGACGAUGAGCACGGCAGUCUAUCUCAUCCUGUGGAAAUUUCCCAGGAGUUACUUGAUUUUGUGAACGAUGCCCUCCAGUCUUAUUCCCUUAUAUUCACAUAUGACCUUCAGGGGAACAUUAGGAUAGUGCCUGACAAUGCUAGAGUUGUACAAACAAAACAAAGUAUGAUACCAAAAGCCAUAAAAGACACCACUUAUGGUUUUAAAUCUCUUCCAAGCCCGAUCACGUCUGAUUUGUCUGAUUACAGACCUGAGACAUCAGGGAGCGGAGGAUAUAAAACUCAGGAGUCUGUAGAUAUCACCUCAAGUGGAGAAGAGUCUUCAGGGAAACCUUCAUUUAACACUCAUUUAGCAUGUAAGGCUGAGACAGCACAUGUGAAGCGAGAUGGCUCAAAACUGUCUGCUGCAAGCAGCUCAGAAACCGUGCACAGCUUCCAAAUAAAAAACACGGGGAGUUUUUCAUCCUGUAAUGCAGAUAUUAAAGCUUCAAGGGAAGAUCUCUCUUAUUUCAGUGCAGCGAGCUCAUUAAGAGCAGACGCUGAAGCUGAGACACAAAAUGCACAAUGCACCACUUCGUCCCUUGAUAAAGAUACAGCUGAUGGGGUUCUGAUUGAUCGAGGAAGAUGGCUCCUAAAGGAGAACCACCUCAUAAGAAAAUCUCCUCCAGCUUCCCCGGGCAUGUAUGGUCAUUUGGAUAGCACAUCUGUUGACACAGCUCAGGAGAACUCAAGCGAGGACUCCCUGCCUUACACCAAAACCCAGCACAGUCCCCUUGCAGCCAUAUCCUCAUCAGAGCUUGAGGAGAUGGCGAAACCUCUAAAUCCAAAGUGCAACUACUUCAACAUGCCUCAUGGAAGUGACUCAGACCCCUUCUUAGAUGACGUCAGCAUCAGGAGUGGGAAACAAAGCUCCAGCUGUGUGAAAGGAAAAGGCUUUAGGGUGUCACCUAUUGUUGACACUUCCAAAACUUGGGCAAACAGAAAUGGCAGUCUGUCGUCAUUCGCAUCAGUAGAGUUUCAAAUCCCAGACAGGAAAGUGCAUCCUGAGGGUGAAUCCUCAGCUGUGAGACAGACAAGGAGGACAUCUAGAGGAGCACAAGGUGCACUACAGACUCAGGACUCGGUGGAAUUACCGCAUUUAAGAUGUGGACAGUACUGCCCAAUACUGUAA